CUCCACUUCAAUAUGGCUGCGGAAUUCUUGAAACGUAUUGUAAACGUUCGGUUGAAGUGUGGAGAACUUGGAUAGUACCCUCUUUGAAUAAGAUUGUUUAGUUUUGAUAAGAAGUAAAGCGCUGUGAGGGAUUGACAUGAGCACUUCGAAAGCAGAAGACCGCGAUGUCAGUGAGAGAAAGCUUCUUGUAGAUGACAUCGAGCGAAUUCGCCAAGUGCUGCACACUGGUGCUGCUUCGAAGUUGUCUUCCGACGAGGAAGAGGAAGAAGAAUCCGACGAAGAUGGCCAAGAAGGAUGUCGAGAAGUUUUUCUAGGUUUGUGAAUUAUGCCUUGUGUUGGUGUAGUGAAAGCCUGCUUAAACUUCUAAAUUUCAGCCGAAGCGGGGCCUGCUUUUCUGUACUGACACUGUGCUUUUCACAUGUUUGUCUAAAGACUAGUAUCUCAAGAUCAUUUUAGGGAUUGUUUCAAUGGAAAGACUCGUACAUAAUUUUGAAAUUCAGCUGAGAUCCGAUCCAUGUAUAAACACUUCAAUCUCCCGUCCCGCCCGGGCAACCCCCACUGCAUUUGAAUUUUUAAUAAAUUUUGUAAAAUCCCACUCCCGGGCCAAAAAGUCUUUCAAAUACCCCAUCGUAGGUACAUUUUAGGUGAUCAAAAAUAUAUAUUAAUAAUUUAAAAAUAGCUAUAUCGCUCUUUUAAUUAUAGAUGUCAAUGAAAUGUAGCUUUCUAAUGCUCUUGAAGCUGUGUCUGCAAACAGAGCAAAGCUUGUGCCACAUACCCCUUUGCUUUUAAGCCAAUCCGUCUUGAAGCUUUAAAAUUAUUUCCAAAUUGCCAUAAAGACCUCCACAAUGAUUUUUCACACCUUGUACAAGCACUAAGACAUACAUAUCACGAGAAAUAAAAGCUAGGAUUCAAAUUCUCCAACCCCUUGAUGUGUGGCAAUCAAAUUCCCCAUCCCAGGGAGUACACUCCUUUAUUUGGCCUCGGUGGGUAUGUGACACGGUAUGGUUUUCAGGGUAUGCAAUAAUUUAGCAUCUUGAACAGGGUGUCUUUUUGGACUGAAAGCCUUUAAAAGAAAAGUGAACGUUGGCUAUGAGCAGUCUACUUGUGUGAUACCAACAAUUUUUUUCCAAAAAAUCUAAUUCUGUAAAGUUAGUUUUCAUAAAUAAUUCUACUUAAUUCUGUAUGUGAAACAAAAUGAAUCAGGGUCAUGAAAGUAGGCCACACACACCUCCACGCCCUAUGGGCUGCAGUCAUAAUAAAUCAGACCAAUCAGGAAAUGUUAAUACAAGAACAUCACAUCUUUCAAUCAACAGGUAGCACCUCCGUAAACUUGCAGCACCAAAUAGAUGCCCAACUGGCACUAGUAAGUUUUCUCUAGUCAUUGUCUUUACAAUACUCUCCAACUUGAUUAGGACAUGUGGUUUCAACAACUCAAAAGUGCAUUGCUCUGUUAUUAAAUGAAAAUGAAAAAUAAUGUCAUGAGCUGAGCUCCUACACACUGUCAUAAGUUUAGCAGGGGUGGAUCUAGGGGGAGGGUGCAGGGGGUGCGCACCCCCCCUGAGAUUACCUGCAGUUUUCUAAUACAACUGGUAUUCUGCAAACAAAAAAAAAACUAUGUGGUUUAUUGGUGUUGAAGUAGAACAAGAGACGAGUGCACCCCCUCCUAAAAAAAAUCCUGGAUCCGCCCCUGUUUAGAAAGUGUUUCUCCGUACAGUCAACCUUAAUUUUGCAUUGCAAAGCUCCCUCCAUAUAUAAGUUCCUUGAGAGGGCCUUUGAAAAUGUAGGCUCCAGGACUUAUUUUCAAAAUUUCGCCGUAUAUUAUCUGGGAAUGUUUUUAUCCAAAAUGACUUUUAAUCCUGGUCACUCCUCCUCCAUUUUCCUUAUACCAGCAAUCUUAUGGUUUUAGUAUCAUAACUUUGAUUUUUCCAUUCCUUUUUCCAGGAGCAGAAUUCUCAAGUGGCAUUUCCUGGAACUGUAUUAGAACCUGUAUAUGUUGGUCAGCAGUCGUCAUUCAAUGCAGGACAAGACAGCAGUGCACAAGGAGUUUCUGAUGUUCUCUCUCAUCACCAACUAGCCAACAGUAAUCUUUUUCCAGCUCACAGAAGUGGUAACCUUUGCUCAGAUGAUUAUACCAUUACUGAAUUACAGCCAGUGAAUUGCCAACCUUCUACUAGUUCCCUUCCAAAUGUAUCUUAUUCAAGUGUGUCAAGUUCCUUUACAAAUGUUCCUUCCACGAGUGACCCUUGUACAAGUCUUUCUUCUGCAAACCAAGAAGGACUCAAUAAUUCAACAUGGCCUGCCAUAGAUAAUCAGUUUUUUGACCCAAGGGAUGUCGAGGGACUUGAUCAGGAGGAAGACGGUCGAUUUUCUGAUGGUGAGGAGGAAAACAUCGAGGAUAUGGAAAUGCGCAAUAAAAUUCAACAGUGCUUGAUUUUAAAUAGAGAUUAUCAGGUAAAAAGGUAUACCUUCUUUGGCCUUCGUGUUUCGUUUUUUCAGUUCAGACUGCAUGAUGUUCUCAAGAAGAUUUGUCAUUUGUCCUUGUCAUUGUUAUGCAUAUGCACAUGGAUGGGACAACAUUAUUUUGAAAGAAACAGUUCUUUGGGGUAACAGCACAUGGUCUUCAGCGUGGGAAAACAAAACAUACAAGAGACGAAGGGCUGCUUGAAUGUAGUCUUCUUGAGCAUGUGUAAGAGAGUCCUGGGGUGUACUCCCUUAUAUAAGCAAUAUAGGUAUGUGCUGCCCCAAAGGGUAUGGUUUUGGUGCCGCUUUGGUCUAAAAAUGGGUAUAGACUUUGCCCAUUUUGGUCUGGAAUAGGGUAUGGUUUUCAAGGCAACUACAGGAGUGUAUGAACAUAUUUAUUGUUUCAAUUCCAUAUAAAUAAGAAAGAAACUAGACAAAUAUGCGAAUUUAAGAUGAAUUUUUAAGAAAUCUUUUUUAUUGGCUUUCUAAUCUAAGUAAUGAUGACAUAAUUUCUUAGAGGCCACAUCUGAAAACGGGUGUGGAAAUUGACAUUUUGUGGUCUGAAACAGGUUCAAGAUUAAUAGAGAGAACCGGGCGGCACAUCCCCACCAAGAAUUCCCCGCAGAAAAAAGUUGGCUGUUUGUAAGCAUAGCAAGGAAGUGAUCUCAAGACUGCUGAAAAAUAAAUCCAGCUAAUGCUUCUGGGUAUUUUCAAAUCCAAAAUGCUGGCCACUUAUUUAGCCAGGUUUACUCCUGUAUUAGUCUGGUUAAGCAUAGGAAUUUCAGAGUUCUAGCGGCACAUUUUGUUGUUCCAGAAAAUAUGAUCCAUACUUGUGCAUUGGAACCCAUCUGUAAAGUCCCCCUUCAUGGGCACGGUAUUAAUAUUUUUUGGAAUUUUACAUUCCCAAAACAAUUAUACGGGGCAGCUCUAGUCAGGGGGAUUUCUGUGAACAACUAUAUUCAUUCGUGUGUCAAUUUUUUAGAUUGCAGUGUUAGAUGAACUUGAAAGAAUAGAGCUGGCUUUGGCAAAGAACAAAGAAAAGCAGGUUAGUAAAUAAAGUGAAAGACCAUUCCCACUCACUUCCGUGCAUUUACAGUUAAACCUACAAGAACAUGCUUCAUUUUUUAGAGGCAAAGACAAUAAUAACAAUACUAAUAUAACUUAAUUAUCAUCUAGUGUCCAUUGUUUUAGCCUUGUUGUAGAUAUAAUCAAGCCCUGGUUAGUAAGAUCUGCGAAACAGCACCAAAAUCCUUGUUCCAGGUCCCACCUGUUUACCAGCAGGAUUUGAAUACAUGCCAUGAUUGGCCUGUUAAAGAAGCCAUUGAUGAUUUGCCAAUCAGGUUUAAAGGAAAUUCGAAACCCACUUAAUUCACACACACGCAAACACCGAUAUAAAUUUGUUGAGUCUGUAGGGGGCUCAGAACAAGGAUCGGGAUUCGAUUAUGUCUGCAAUGCAGGCUACUGUAUAUUAUUUACUAGACAUUUUCCAAAUACCGGUAAAUUGUCUGUCUUAUAGAAACUAACAGAAGGAACUAACUGUAACGUGUCGUUUGUUUACCUUUUCAAGGUUUCUGUUAAGAGGUGGUUGACCGUUGUAUAACAUGAAUAGGAUGAUAACAGUGACAGUGUUCUCACCAGGAUUUUGCCUUGGAGAGUCCCAGGGCCCCCUCUUCUGAGAAAUAGGGGCCCUGUAAGAACAUUAGGGGGACAAAGUUACAAAAAACACGCGGUACGAAGAACCUGAGCCCGCACUCCAAAUUGUCUGUUACAUGAAGUACCUACCUGAUCCAAUAUGGCGGAAGAGGUGUUUACGAUUCGGAGGAGGAGUUUACGAUGUAGUGGGACGUGCGUGGGAGCAAUGAAAGUAAAGGCAACAAAAUGAAAGACUUUGACUCAUUUGAUAUCAUGUCUUUUAUUUAUUCAAACAAUUGCACCUGCUCCCCUGCGCCCUAACGGGCGCAUCUUCUUCGUUUUAAAUGCGCCAUUUCAGUUUUUCUUGCGGGAAUCCCGCAAGGCCGCGGCCUGGUGAGAACACUGCAGUGAGUUUUUUUCGCUGAUACCCCUUUCUUAAUGUGGUUUUAGCUUGGAUUGCAUCAAAUGAGAGCAAAUAAAGAUGAAGGGAAGCCAGAAGGUCACACAUUAAUGAAAUUUGCUUAUCCUUACUUCAGAGACACUGGUUUAGUGGUAAGCUAUAACUACUCACAUAUUAAGUAGUCAAUUAUUGAGGAGAUAGGUACUGCAAAGCAGUCACUGCUAUCUCAAUAUGAACUUAACAUUAAUUAAGGUUAGACAAAGUACUGACAUUGAGCGACCAACAAACUGCAAUGCAGCCAUGUCCAACACAAACAUACAGUGCAAAAAAUAAUAAAAUAGAAACAAAAAAGUUAUUAUAUAUGGCUGUAAAGUUUUUAAGGGCUAUAAGAUGAACAGGUAGAGCAAAAGAGAUCCACUCAAGCUAUGACGUUACCAUACAAGAUGCCUACAGUACUGACAUGCAAAAGUACUGAAAGGUCUGGGAAAUUAAAAAUAGUUGUCAUGAA